AUGGACAAGGAGACAUAUGCCGUGAACGAGGCUCCAGAAUCGCCAGGCUACAAUGGCCACAACAACUAUGUUGAUCCUGCCACUGGUAUUGAGACUAAGGCUGGUCGUAUCCAGGAAGCUGCCGACGUCUAUGGUGACCUCGCAACAGCUGAGGAAUAUGGCUAUGUGACUCGAGGACUGAAGUCUCGACACAUUCAGUUCAUUGCGCUUGGUGGUACCAUCGGGACAGGUCUUUUCCUAGGUAUCGGAAGCGCCUUCACUCGAGCUGGUCCCCUCUCUGUCCUUCUUGGCUAUUCCUUCACAGGCGUCGCUGUUUAUGGAAUGAUGAUGUGCUUGGGAGAGAUGGCCACUUGGCUCCCUCUUCCUGGUUCCAUCCCUCAAUUCUGCGCCAGAUAUGUCGACGAUGCCUUGGGAUUUGCAGUCGGAUGGAACAACUGGUACAACUCAGCGAUCACACUUUGUGCCGAGAUCUCGGCGGCAGCUAUCGUCAUCCAAUAUUGGAAAGGAGCCGAACACAUUAGCGUCGCUGUGUGGAUCUCCCUUAUUAUCGUCCUCGUUAUCUGCUUGAACAUAUUUGCCGUUCAAAUAUAUGGAGAAGCAGAAUUUAUUUUUGCCAGCGUCAAGAUCAUCACUAUAGUCGGUCUUCUGAUCAUGGCGUUCAUUGUUGACCUAGGCGGCGGACCGAAGCAUGACAGAUUAGGCUUCCGCUAUUGGAAGAAUCCUGGUGCGAUGAAGGAGUACGACUCAACAGGAGCAACAGGCCGAUUCCUCGGCCUAUUUUCCGUGCUAGUCAAUGCCGCUUUCUCAUACGCCGGUGUUGAGUUGGUCGCAGUCGCAGCUGGGGAAGCUGAGAAUCCCCGAAAAAAUAUCCCCAAAGCAGUGCGUCGAGUUUUCUGGCGUAUUUUAUUCUUCUAUGUCCUUGGCUCACUGGCUAUCGGAGUUCUCGUUGCAUCAAACGACCCUCAUUUAUUGAAAGCCCAAGCGGAUGACCUUGCCGGUGCAGCUCGCUCCCCCUGGGUUAUUGGCAUCCAAAAUGCGGGUAUCCCAGUUCUUCCUAGCAUUAUCAACGCUGUCAUCCUGACGUCGGCUUCAUCCAGCGCGAAUGCCUUCCUGUACACUGGAUCACGUUACUUGUUCGCUCUUGCACAGAACAAACAAGCCCCCCGUUUCCUCCUUCGCUGCAGCAAAGCCGGUGUACCAUACUACUGUGUUGCCAUUACUGCAUCCAUCUCCGCACUCACUUACCUGUCCGUUAAAGAUGGAGGUCCGACGGUAGUAUUCAAUUGGUUCCAGAACUUGACGACGAUUGCCAGUCUGUUCACUUGGUGCUCGAUCUGCAUUGCAUACCUCCAAUUCUACAAAGCUCUUGAAGCGCAAGGUGUCGACCGGAAUACUCUUGUCUUUAAAUCUCCUUUCCAACCUUACACCGCUUGGGCGGCCUUCUUAUACUUUGCCAUUAUCAUCAUCUUCAACGGAUUCAAUGUUUUCGUUGGCCAGCACCACCAGAACUGGAACGUAACAGACUUCCUUGCCGCUUAUAUCGGUAUUCCAAUCUUCUUCCUCCUCUAUGCAUUCUGGAAGAUCUGGAAGAGAAGCCCCUGGAUCAAGUCGGCCGAUGCAGACAUUACGACUGGCAAGGCAGCCCUGGAUGCUGAAGAUGGCCAGUGGCCAGAGCAGAUCCCAAAGAACAUUUUCCAGAAGAUCUGGUUUUGGCUCGCUUAG